AGUUCAGGAGGAGAUGGUAAUCAACACCUUCAUGCAGAUUGCAGCUUCUUGAUCGAUGUUCCUGGAGCUGGUGAGAAGAUGGCCACGCCGUGGACCCGUGUGAACAGUGCAGAGAAGAAAGUGCCACACACUCGCCUGAAGGAUGAAGCCGACAUUCAGCGAAUCUACUCCUUCGGCAGGAAACUAGGUCAAGGAAGCUCCGGGGUCGUCUGUGAAGCCACUCACGUGGAGACGCAGAAGAAGUGGGCGAUUAAGAAGGUGAACAAAGAGAAGGCUGGGAGUUCAGGUGUGAAGCUGUUGGAGCGAGAGGUGAACAUCCUGAAGCGGGUGAACCACAGACACAUCAUCCACCUGGAGGAGGUGUUCGAGACACCGGAGAGAAUGUACCUGGUCGUAGAUCUGUGUGAAGGUGGAGAGCUGAAGAAACUCUUACAGAAAAACAAGCAUUUCAGUGAGGAGGAGACCAGAUGCAUCAUCAGCAGCCUAGCCGAGGCCACUGUCUAUCUUCAUAAACAUGACAUCGUUCACAGAGAUCUCAAACUGGAAAACAUUCUCGUGGACAGUUAUCACCAUAGCGAUGAGCACGCCGUCAUAAACAUCAAGAUCACAGAUUUUGGACUGUCCGUGCAGAAAGGUGGAGUGGGCAGUGGGAACAUGCUGCAAUCCACAUGUGGGACACCCAAAUACAUGGCACCUGAAGUGAUCGACGGCCAUGAGUACAGCCAGCAGUGUGACAUGUGGAGCAUCGGCGUCAUCAUGUACAUGCUGUUAAGUGGAGAACCUCCAUUCAGCUCCAACUCUGAGGAACAUCUGUUUGAAAUGAUUAAGGAGGGAGAUCUGAGCUUCUCCGCUCCUGUAUGGGACACCGUCAGUGACGCAGCCAAGACGGUGCUGAGAUGUUUGCUGAAAGUCGAUCCAGCGCAUCGCAUCACAGCCAGUGAGCUGCUGCAUAACCCCUGGGUCACGGGAGACACGUCCACGGAUGCGUCCCCCACCAACGUGCUGGUGAUGAUGCGACAGUUCCGGAACGCUCCAGAGGAUGGCGAGAGCGAGGAGGUGAGCGAGGGAAUGGGCAGCAUCACCCUCAGCUGCUCCCAGGACAGCGUGAUCGAGUCUGUGGCCUCCCCCGAACCUCCAUCUCCUCCGUCUGCUCCUCCAUCUCCUCCUCCGUCCGCUCCUCCUCCAUCUCCUCCUCCAGCCGCUCCUGGAUGUGCUCCAGCGCAGACACUCAGCCUCAACGGAGACCUGAACAGCAGCAACAAAAAACCCUCCACAUCCACAAAACAGAAAAAGAAGAAAUCCUACUCUUCCGACGGCGUGAAGAAGAACGGCUCGGCUGCGAAGACGAACAGCGGUCUCGGUGUGUGCACGGUGCAGUCCUACAUGGGAAACAAACAGACCAGUACAAAGCGCCCCAACCAACCAGACAAGCACGAGAGCACCAGUAAGGCCUGCUCUCCCAAACCGGUCACACCAAAUGACAGCCCCGCCCCCUCCUCCGCAGGCCACGCCCCAAACUCAGCUCCAGGGCCGAGAAGAUCAGGUAGGCCACAAACACCUUAGAGCCCGGUGGAGGAAAUGCCGAACCUGGGCUUCACUGGGCAGAUCUGCUGGACUCAUGAGACGGAGAAAGACUUGAGACAUGAUCUGUAUUCUCCUGGAUGAGCUUCAAAGAACUUUUGAAGGAUGAACUAUUUUAGCCUUAAACUUGUCAAAUGUAAAAGUCAUCCCACUGUGGCAUCAUGUUUGUGUAUUGAAGAUGAUUUAAUGACUGUGUGAGAACUGGGUGAGCGUUCGACUCGAGUCUCGUCUGCCUUACACUUCCUGGGAAAUAAUUUUCAUUUAAAUUUUUUGCUCCAAAUGAAAAAAAGCUCAUCGAUCUAAACAGGGUUUCAGGGUUUGAUAUAUGAUGUAGUCAUUCUUCUUCUUCUUUUAAACUAUAAAUCCGAUGCCACAUAACCAAAGAGACCUGGAACCACUUUAAACUGUAAUCGUAUUCCCGCCUCACGUAAACAAAACAACUUCUGUAGAUACUCAUUUAAAUCAUUUUAAAAUCUUGCCAAAUAACUCGUGUGUGUACAGGUAAUGAUUUUACUUCAUCAAUAAACACAAACAGGUCAUGUUGUA